GGAAAGAUGGUAUCUGUCGUGGGUGCGGUUAAACGCUGGCGAAUUAUGCCAUCAUUGUAUAGACUUGUUUUAUUUCGGCAUAUCGUCCAAAAUGUUAGCCUAUAGAAGAUGCGUAAUUACUUUUUAUUCGCUCUGUAUCGUAUAUUAUGUUACAGGACAGCACGAAAAAGAAAGUAAAUUUGGCGACAUCGUUAAAAGAACUGUAAUAGCCACGGCACACACAUGCAUGGACCACGUAAAUGCAACUGAGAAAGACUUGGAAUAUCUCCGAGGUGAUCCGCCCUUUCCAGAAAAAUCUGCGUGCAUCAUCACCUGUUUGUUGGAAAAGGUUGGCGUAGUGAAGAACAACAAAUAUUCCAAGUUUGGUUUCAUGACCGCUGUCACGCCCCUAGUGUUCACAAACAGAAAGAAAUUGGAACACAUGAAAACUGUGUCGGAAAAUUGCGACAGAGAGGUAAAUCACAAACAAGAGACGCCAUGCCAACUCGGGAAUGAGGUCACCACAUGCAUCUUUAAAUACGCUCCCGAGCUGCAUUUUAAGUCUUAAGAAUGUUGAGAAUCACCAUCGUAGAACACAUUAAGAUGGAAUGUGUUUAAAAGCAGAAUGUUAAAUUAUAAAUAUGUAUAGUACAAAGCUUUUAAUAAUUAUUAUUUUUUGAAGAGCUCAGCAAAAGAAGAUUAUUCACAAAAAUAUAAUG